UGGACUUCUCCUUCAGCCUCAGAGAUUGUUUCAAGUAUCAAGACGGGAAAGUGGACGGCUUCUCAGGUUUUAGAGGCCUUCAUUGCGCGUGCUGUUCUUGCGCACGCCAAAACGAACUGUUUGACAGAAGUUUUCUUCGAUUCGGCGAGACAGCGCGCGAAGGAGCUAGAUGAACACUUCGCUGCUAACAAGGAGCUAAAAGGUCCCCUCCAUGGCGUACCCGUGAGCAUCAAAGAGCAAUUUGAAAUCAGAGGUGUUGACACAUCCGUCGGUUUUUCGCAAUGGGCCAACGAACCAGCAGAAAGUAAUGCAGAUGUAAGGACCGAGUUUGGCUUCAUCAAGUUAAUUGUGGAACAACUUCUCGCAGCUGGUGCAGUGCUCUAUGUCAAGACUAACAUCCCGCAAACUAUGUUCGCCUUUGAAUGUUCCAAUCCUGUUUGGGGUCGCACAACAAACCCUUAUAACGAUAAAUAUACCUGUGGCGGUAGUUCUGGUGGAGAAGCCGCUUUGUUAGCUAUGGACGGGUCUGCUUUGGGUAUUGGUACAGAUAUUGGAGGAAGCCUUCGGAUACCCGCCGCAUAUUGUGGCGUCUUUUCUCUGAAACCCGCCAGUGGCAGAAUUUCAUACGGCGGCGCACGAGGUCCCGUUCCGGGGUUCGAUGGAAUUAAAUCAGUUGCAGGUCCCAUGGGCCGAUCUGUGAAGGAUCUUGAGUUGCUCUCUAAAGUUGCCUUUGGGUUACCAAGUCGGAGUCACGAUGUUGCACCUCUUCCUUUCCGUGACAUUACCCUCUCGUCAAAUUUACGAUUUGGUUAUUAUACCCAUGAUUCAUUCAUUAAAGCAUCUCCUGCAUGCCAGCGAGCAGUGCUAGAGUCUGUUGACUCCCUGCGAAAGCAGGGUCACGAGUGCAUCGAAAUCGCUAUUCCUGAUGCGGCCGCUGCUUGCAACAUCUUUGUUGGCCUGACGUCAGCCGACGGAUAUAAGACUAUGCUCAGCCAUCUAGGACCCGAUCCUAAGGAAAAAUCUUUAUUUUUGGUCACUCUCGGGCCCAAGCUCAACUUUAUUCUCCGAGAUAUCGCUGCAUGGAUCGUCGAAACCUUCCUCCAUGACAAGAUAUUCGCGGAUGCUUUACGGGCGGCGAAAAAUAAAACCGUUCGUGAAUAUUGGGCCCUUGCUGCAGAACGCGAUCGUUUCGUGAAGAAUUUCGACAAAGAGGUGUGGGACAAAUUUGAGAUUGAUGGAAUAAUUGCACCUGUACAAGCUUUGCCCCAAUUACCUCAUGGUGGAUGUAACAAUUUUUCUGCUCUUGCCCUUGCCACAAUUCUUUACAACAUUCUCGAUAUCCCCGUUGGAUGCCUUCCGGUUACCCGAGUUGACCCCACCAAGGAUCAACUUUCACAGGAGUGGAUCGAUGGACUCGGACACGGAUCAAAGCUCUUUGAAAGUGGAAUAUUCACAAACAACAAACCACUAUAUGACCCUGAGGCUAUGAAAGGAAUGCCCGUCAACAUUCAAAUCGUUGGAAGGAAAUGGGAGGAAGAGAAGGUGCUGGCUAUGAUGGACAUUGUUGAUUUGGCACUGGGGAAAGAACGGGGAUUCGGACCUGGCGCAUGGGACAAAUAUAUGAAAGCCUCGAAGGUUUAA